AUGGCGUCGUGGAAUUCAGUUAAUCUGAAGGUGAUUUACAAUGUUUUGGGAUGGAUAGCUUUUGUGUGUUGGUCCAUCAGUUUUCACCCGCAAGUUGUAUUGAAUUUCAGGAGGAAAAGUGUGGUGGGGCUGAAUUUCGACUAUGCAGUGUUGGGGUUUGUGAAGCAAUUGGCUUAUCUGGUUUACAAUUCUUCACUUUUGUUUAGCCCUACUGUGCAGAACCAAUAUCACAUCAAAUAUGGUUCUAAUCAGAUGUUGCCUGUUGCUCCAAAUGAUUUGGCUUUCUCCAUACAUGCUGUUUUAUUGUCUGGUUUUACACUCUUCCAGAUCGGAAUUUACCACCGUGGAGGCCAGAAAUUGUCGAAAACAUCAAUCUGCUUCGUGAGUAUAGCAAUGUUAGGAGCUGCAGUAUGUGUGUUGAUAGCUAUACCAAAACAUUCAUGGUUUUGGCUAGUCUCCUGCUUCAACACAAUUCAGGUCAUUAUGACAGUCACCAUGUACUUUCCUCAGGCCCUCCUCAACUUCAAACGGAAAACCACGAGCGGGUUUAGCGUUGGGAACAUUUUACUCGAUUUUCUUGGAGGAAUAACUAGUGCUAUUCAGAUGGUGAUGCAAUCUAUAGAUCAGAAUUCGUUGGAGAAUUUAUUCGGAAACAUAGGGAAGACUUUGUUAGCUUUGGUGACUAUAUUUUUCGACAUUGUUUUGCUGAUUCAGCAUUAUUUGCUAUAUCCCUCCAAGAAGAUAGCUCCUCCUAAUUCUACUGUGGUAAAUGUGGAGCUAACUAAAGAAAUUAACCAGUGCUGAUGCCUUGUUACCUCUCCCAAUUUUCUACUCUUGUAUAUUUUUGUUGUAAUUUUUUAUUUAAUUUUUUUUUUGUAAACUAUUUAUGAAACUUAGUAGGCUCAGCUCAGCCCAGAGCGCGGCCCAGUUCGGUAAUUUCAUGAUCUAUAUUUGCAAUUUCUAGCUUUGAAAUUGGGUU